GAGUAGUUUCUCUUCUUCGAAAGGCCCUUCUCUGAAAGCUUAAAUCAUGUCUGGACGCGGCAAGCAAGGAGGCAAAGCCAGAGCCAAGGCGAAGACUCGCUCUUCCCGAGCCGGGCUGCAGUUCCCCGUGGGCCGUGUGCACCGUCUCCUCCGGAAGGGCAACUACGCCGAGCGGGUGGGAGCCGGGGCGCCGGUCUACCUGGCGGCCGUGCUGGAGUACCUGACGGCUGAGAUCCUGGAAUUGGCGGGAAACGCGGCCCGGGACAACAAGAAGACCCGCAUCAUCCCUCGCCACUUGCAGCUGGCCAUCCGCAACGACGAGGAGCUUAACAAGCUGCUGGGCAGAGUCACCAUCGCCCAGGGAGGCGUCCUGCCCAACAUCCAGGCCGUGCUCCUCCCCAAGAAGACCGAGAGCCACAAGGCCAAAGGGAAGUAAACCAAGCCCUCGUGGUCUCUCUCCAGGAAAAAAAACAGAA